AUGUCGGAGGACUAUUAUGAAAUAUUAGGAGUCCCAAAAACAGCAACAGAAGACGACAUAAGAAAGGGCUAUCGACGGCAGGCGUUGCGAUGGCACCCCGACAAAAACCCGGACAACAAAGACGCGGCAGAGGAAAGAUUUAAGCUGGUUUCUGAGGCAUAUGAGGUCCUUUCUAACAAAGAAAAACGCGAAAUAUACGAUAGGUAUGGAAAAGAAGGCCUCUCGGCGACUCCGGGACAUGAUGAUGAUGUAUUCGCCGCCACCUUUCAAACUUUCUCCUCUCAAAUGUUUCGAAGCCCAGACGAAGUUUUCCGGGAGUUCUUUGGCACUUCUUCCUUUGACGACAUUUUCGACAUGGCGUUUCAAACCUUCGCUGGCUUUCGCGAUUUUACCACCGGUGAAAACACUUCUACAAGGCGUAACAGGGGACGAAAUUCGGACUUCUUCGACGCAGAUGCUUUCGAGGAUCCGUUUUCUAACCGGUUCUUUAUUGACGAGCCUGAUUUCAUGUUCGACAACAGAUUCUCUGACUACGAAGGCGGUUCAAGAGACAGAAGGCGAAGUCGUCGCGGGGACAACCGUAGAAGCUCUGAAGGUCGUAGUUGGGACGACUUUCCAACAUAUAACGAUCCUUUUGGAGGCUAUGGAGGGAUGUUCGACCGUUUUGCGGAUUUGGAGAGACAUAUGAUGGCAACGAUGCAUAGAGUUUUCGGGAGAUUUUAA